UGUCGCAUUAUCUGAUAGUCUUUGAAGCAUCUAGAGCUACAAAUCCAAAUAAACAAACGAAAUACCUUGACUUCUGAGUCAUACACGACCCUUCUUCCACGGCAAGGUCUACAUUUUCCUCCACAAAGACUUCCUGUGCCUUGCAAUAGCAAUCUCUUCCCCUGUAAAGUAGAUUUCAUGUUUAAUUUGGCUAACCUUAACUUGGAUUGCAUGUCUCUGUGAGCAUGGGAUUUCAAAGAACAUUCCUCCAUCUCUUAUUUCUUGCUUAUCUAUUUUUGGUCAGAAGCCUGUUGGCUCAGCAGCAGAAUGAUCCUUGUGCACUCACUGAUAGUGGUGAGAUUGGUGGGCUGUGUGGGCUCAAUGGAAUCUGCCAAGCCUCCGGCCUUUCCCGUAAUUGCACUUGUCCUCCGGGAUUCUCCCAUGUGAAUAGUGAUAACCUAUCACAGGGAUGCCGUCGGAACAGAUCGCAGCUAAAGAACUGCAGUGCAAGUGGAGCAAGAAUGCACAAGAUUGAGCAGAUAGAUUGGCCUGAAAAUGACUACUGGAGCACCGAUUCAACAAAUCAAACUGCUUGCCAGCAGGCAUGCAUUGAAGACUGCUUUUGCACGGUGGUCAUCUAUGCCAAUCUUACCGACGGAGAACACUGUUGGAAGAAGGCAUUGCCUCUCAGAAAUGGUGCUGCAAGAGACACACGAAUAGCUUUUGUAAAAGUCUUCGAUGGAGUCCACGAUGCUGUUUCCCCCACGCCUUCAAAGCAGAGAAAGGAGGAAAAGAGGAAGGGGUUUGCAGUUCUUGGAAUAAGCCUUAUGGUUUGCUCCUUUGUCAUUGUAGUUAUUUUGUUAUCCGUUUGGUUGUGUAUAUGCCGACCCAAGAUGAAAUCCUUGCAAAAGUAUCAUAAGUUUAAUCCGAUUGGGCUCAAGGCAUUUAGUUAUAAAGAGUUAGACGCUGCAACCGGAGGGUUCAAGAUAGAAAUAGGAAGAGGCGCCUUUGGGACAGUCUAUAAGGGCACCUUGGCAGAUGGAAGAUCAAUUGCUGUGAAGAAGCUUGACGAAUUGCUGAAGAAAGAAAAUCCCCCAGAUGGGGAAAAGGAGUUCAGAACGGAGUUGGGUAUCAUCGGAGCAAGCUAUCACAAAAAUCUUGUUCUACUCUAUGGUUUCUGCGACCAGGGCAACCAUAGGAUUCUGGUAUACGAGUACAUGCCCAACGGGUCUCUGGACAGCCAUCUAUUUAAAGGUACAAAUGAUCUUGAUUGGGAGCUGCGUGUUCAGAUAGUUUUGGGCAUUGCAAGAGGGAUCUUCUACUUACACGAAGAGUGCAGAGCCCAUAUAAUCCAUUGUGACAUAAAGCCUCAAAACAUCUUGCUUGAUGAAAAUUACUGUGCUAAGAUAUCUGACUUUGGAAUAGCCAAAUUACUUGGGGUAGAACAAACGAGGACAUUUUCUUUGGCCCGUGGCACCAUGGGUUACAUGGCACCCGAGUGGCAGAAGACUAUGGCAGUGUCUGUGAAGGUGGAUGUUUAUAGCUUCGGAGUUGUGCUUUUGGAAAUCAUCUGCUGCAGGAAAAUGUUGCAAUUGGAUGUUCCAGAAAAUGAAACAAUGUUGUCUCGUUGGGCAUACGACUGCUUCAAACAUGGGAGUCUUGCAAAAUUAGUUGAACAACAAGAUUGCAGAGGCAUGGAGGUAAGACAGUUGGAAAGAAUGGUGUUGGUGGGACUUUGGUGCAUUCAGGAAGAUCCUUCUCUCAGACCAUCAAUUAAGAAAGUGGUUCAGAUGCUGGAAGGAACGGUGGAAAUUGCAGUGCCCCCCAAUCCAGGAUCUUUUCCUUGACACUGAACAAUGUCUGUAAUAUGUUUUUUUUCGUGUCGUAGAUUCCCAUGUGACUAGACUAGCUGUUUUGCAUUAAUACAUUGUACUGUUGUAUGCAAAGCACUUGUAGCAUGAUAGGAUAGUUUACCAAUGAGUUUGAGCAAUGAUAUGUUGACGAGUAACUAGCUUCCAUAGAGUACCCAUAGCUAUGCAUUUUGUAGUAGACAGCUAACUAGCAAAUGUAUUCUUGGUUUUAAUACUUAAAGAAGUAAGAGAAAAACAGCAGAUUCCAAAUUCUGCAACUCAUGUUCCAACAAUA